CUUACUAGACGGACCUGUGCUUCGAAAACAUCGAAAAACUUGAGUUUAAAAUUUUUAAAUACUCUGUACAUACUUAUUUAGUGUUUACUGUUUAGUGGAGUUAAGUAUAAAGGAAGUGUAAAUAUUUAGUUAAGUGGGUAAAAUAGUUAACUAUAAAUAUUAUAUAUAUAAUGGGGAACAAAAAUAAAAAUAAAUGGAUAGCAAAAAAGCGCUCGUAUCGUCAAAAAUACGAUAGAAUGAUGGAAGUUGUAAAUAAAAAUAAACGUAAGAAGCAAACCGGAGAGCAAAAUGAAGAGCAAAAUCAACAAUCAGAAACGAAUCUGCAUACUUUGGCUGCUCUGUAUAAAUUUCCCAUCAAUUCAAUCAAUAGACGACGACCCACCGAUACAGAAGAAGAUCGAAAACAUGAAACUGUUUAAAAACUUAUCGGACGAGGAGUUACUGGUUGAUCCUGCAACUUUUAUCAACGAGUUCGGUCCGAAGCCGGCCCUUCGGUUGAAAGCACGGUAUUUGGAACCAAAGGAGAUGGAUGUGAGACACAAAGCGAUGGACUUGAUGAAACAAGCGAUAUACGGAACCCAGGCGAGGCUGAGAGACUUGGACCCCGUGCUCGAGAAAUAUAAGGACAGUCCAUCCAUGAAGAUGGCUUUCUUAUACGGAAGAAUGAAGCAACUGAUCAUAGACAUGAGGCGGAUCCACACGCUCGCUCUGAAGAAACGUGGCUCGAAGAAAGUCAUCGAACAUAUAGUGCUGUACCAAUAUAUUGCUAAGAAACACAUCGAUAUUAUUUAUAUAGUGGAACAUGUUAUAGAGAUUCACAAAGGAGUAAUGGCGCAGCUUGCAGAAUUUUUAGAAUAGGAAUAGCCCAUAGCGAAUAUUAAGCUUAAAAUAAACGUGCAAAUAUAAUAAUAACAUCCUCGUAGAUAUUACAUUUUUUUUUCAAUUCAAAGCUAAAUGAAAAACUCAAACUCAAUCUCAAGCACGUAGGUAUAUAUUCAUAUGGACAUCCUCUAAAGCACAUUUGAAUCGUCAUAAAUAAAAUAAUAAAUAUUUGUGUAAUUUUGAAUGUAUAGACUAUAGAACCAAAUGAAUUUACACAACAUAUUGCUAUAAGGAAACCUUUCGGAUAUAGGCUAAAGUGGUAACAAUAUAAGUGAGCAAAAGUCGGUCACAGCAACAAGGUGCAAAUGUUCCUGGAGCCACGUGAGCUGUUCCCUUGAAUAGAAACGGUUAACAAGGCCGCAACGUGCUGAUAUAGUACAUUGUUACUUGUUAGCAGGGCUGCCAACCGGACAAAUUGGGAAUUAAUACUUUUGCCACCCUUAUUGCUGAUAUUAGCAAAAUGUAUUAUCGAUGGUUUUGCGACAAGCCAUAGAGUACGUUACUUUAAUUUGAAUUAAAUGGUUGAUUGUGUUCGAAUGGCUUUGUUUUAUAUGGAUUAAUUAUGCUGCUACAUUGUUUGUAAGUUUAAACUUCAAAGAAGCCACAUAGACAAAAUAGUUAAUUAUAAUAUUAAUUAUAAGUUAUACCUACACCAUGUAUUGUUUUAAGUUAUUUCGAUAAAUAUAAGAGACA